GCUUCCCUGGCUCAGAAAAUUAUAGCUCUUAUCUGAAAUCCUGUGGCUGAAAUAUCAUGCUGUUUAAAAUGGACCUGAACUAUUUCACUAUGAAUUUUAAAGACUUUUUUCUGCUCAAUCUCUAACAUGGCUUCUGGCACAAACAAGGUCAACUCACCAUAGAUUUUUUUUUUUUUCCCAGCUGGAAAAGAAACAUGUUCAUUCAAGGCCUGUCUCUGGUCAUUCCUCUCUGGUCUGUCUGCUUUAUCAAAGAGAGCUUCUGUAUCUGUGCUAGAACUACCUGGGCAAAGGUUGGAUGGGAGAUUUUUCCAGGGGAAGUGGACUUGAUGCAGCUUACGCCUCCACCUUCCCACUUGCCCUAUGGUCUGGACCAGCUGGGCUACAACUUUUGGAGCUGUACCCAGCUCUCUUAUAUUUUAGUGGAAACUCUCUUUGUAAUCCUGACUGUUUUAUCUGGACAUUAUCUUUGGAUCCAAUGGAAGAAACACACAAGGAAGCCAGAAGAUAAUUUUUCCGUAAAUGGUGAUCAACAAAAUCAGUCCAUUUAUGACAUUGACCAAAUCAUCUGCAGGCUGAUGUCAACCACAUCAAUGCUAACAAGAUAUGUAAAGCAAGUAUCCCACCAUUCCCCCAAAAAAUUGAAACACAGGAGAAAAUUAAGGAAAAAAAGGGAUGGAGACACACUCGACUGGAACUUCCAAAUGUGUUCACACAUUAAUUCAAAUUUCUCUGGUAUAGACCUUUUAGAAGAUAACUAUUGAAAGAGAAGACUCUUUUUUUGGAUGAAAAUUAAUUUUUGUGGCUUUUGUCAUUUUCUUGCCACAUUUAUGAGAUCUACAUUCAUGAACUCUGCAUAGAGAAGUCAUUUCUACUCGGCCAAAAAAAAGUGUUAUAUGAAGUAUUUUACUAACAUGGACAAAAAAAAUCUAGUACUAUCAUUGCUAUGAAUUUCUGCUCUUCUUUAAAUGAUGAAUUAUUAGGAAUUAAAUAAAUAAUUUCUAUAGAACAGCAUCUUAGCUUGAUGUUCUAGUAAAGUUCUGAAUUAUUAA